GUUUCCAGAUCCCGAUUGCGAAUACUCAGUAUAUCGGAAUGGUCCAUAUGGGCCUAAGCAAAGUUCGUGUUGGUGAUGUUGUUUUCCACUCAUGGAAAUGCAGCUAUGGAGCACUUGAUAGCAGUAUGUAUUGUCUAAUGGUCAAUAAUUGCACCGUAUCAGCCGAUCAACACACUUCAUCUCAAAGAGUGCCCAUACUGGACGAGUUCGGAUGUUCACUUUUUCCCAACAUCCUACCACAUGUGGAGUAUCCAUCAGAUCUCAAUGGUGGACUACUAGUGCAUGCUUUUUCACUUGAUGUUGAUCAGGCUGCAGUCUUCUUCGAAUGCAACGUAAAACUGCUUCUGAAACUGAAUGGUAUCUGUAGGAGGCCCACCUGUCCACCGUUAGAAGAACUACGAGGAGCUCGCAGCCGCUUCCGUCGACGUCUUGGAAAAGCUUAAGC